AUGACCAAUGAUACGGCCACGCUUCAAGAUUUAUUGCAUUCAACCUGUCCGCCGGUUAUUUCCAAGAAGAAAAGGAAUUACACAGUGUUUCACCAUCUAUUAUAUCAUCACCCAAAUAGGCACAGAACUGCAGGAUGUUGCUUGAACGUGCAUCAGAGAACCAAAGGAGGCCAUGCUAAAAAACGUCUUCGUACCGAACUAAAGGAGAACCUCAACGUAAAUUUUUACGAGUUCAGAUGCCGUGACCACCAUCCUCUACAUUUAGCUGUACAGACUGGAUGUCACCACAUUAUACCAGACUUGGUGAAACGCGGAGCAAAAGUAAACGACAGAGCCAAGACAGGCCAAACGGCUCUUCACCUAGCUUCUGAAAUUCUCAACCAACAGGCAAUUAAACUUUUGCUCCAGUGUGGAGCAAACGUAAAUCUCGCAACUGCAGGUGCCAAAGAAACUGCACUCCACUUAGCUGUCUGGUCUUCAUCCUGCAAGGCAGGUAUCAUCUUAGCAGCAGGUGGUAAGUGUGUGGAGCUACUGUUACUCAAUGGAGCGAACGUACACAUGAAAAAUUGGGAAGGGCAAGAAGCCAUUCACAGUGCUUGCAGAAACGGCAGAGAAGAUAUCAUUAACCUCUUACUGAAUUACGGUGCAGAUGCUAACUCUUUAACGCAGCAAGAGGAGUCUCCACUCUUUCUGUUCCUCCAAAAAAGUAUUAAUUUAAGAAAAGCGGAAGUAAUGAAGAAACUGCUCAGCCUAUCGUAUCCUUUGAAACUGACUGACUACAAAGGUCAUCUCCCCGAAGCGCUGUACCUUCCACAUUGCAAGCGACUGAAAGACAAGCUCAUCCAAGUCUCUUUCGAGGUCUUGUCCUUGCAGGAUAUCUGCAAAUUCAACAUCCGGAAAAUAUAUGGGGGAAACACGAAAUGCCGGCUAAAAGGAAUCAUUCCAACCCGACUGUGGAAUUCCAUAUACAUUCAUCAGGAGUUCUCAUACGCUGCAAAAGUUUCUUUGUGA